AGUCUCGUUAAUGUUCAAAUUCUGUUAUUUUAUUUUGAAUAAAUUAUUUGUAUUUUUCCACAGCGUCAGAAAACGUGUUAAUGGUAGAAGGUCAUACAGCAUCUAGACGUAAUUCCGACAACAGCAUAGAUAUUGCAUACUCGUUGACCCCCACAACAUACUACCGCUCUCUGAUUGGCUCACAAGGAAUCGACUUGCGAGUGGGUCAAUUUGUAUCAGAACCUGCGCUUGGAGACUCACAAUCCCAAACUGUCACGUGUUCCAGUGCAUCGAUGCUGUAUCAGAAUAAGAUCGAUUCUUUUAGAACUAUUGUGAAGGCAAAAAUAAAUGACAACGGUGUAAUAUCAUCAAUGAUUGUACAAGAGCAAGGUGGAUCAAAUAUCUAUAGAUCCAUGGGCACGGAGGUCCUUCUUUGCAAGAAUUCUAGACAGGACUUGAAAUUUCUAAGAAUAGUGAACAGAGUAGAAGUUUUGGUAGCUGUGCGUGAUAUAGAAACCUGUGAUGGCAUUUACAUUGUGCCAAAAGUUCUAAAUGAUGGUCAAUCUAUGUCAGUCUCAAUCACCGAACUCAAAUACUUGAAUGAGACUACUUUCAAACCUAUCAAAUAUGGGGGCACACUACAAUUUGAAAAACCAGAUCUUAUACAGACAACUGUGGAUGCCAGGAGGAAAGCGUUGAUCCUCUCAGUGGAAGAAGCAGUGAGAUGGAAUGGACAGGGUGUGGCACUUGAUCCCUAUGAGAUAUUCAGGGCUUAUCCUCAAAAUCAGAGAGGCCCAAUAGUUUACUGCCCAGAUCGGCAGGUGGUUAUAAUGAUAUCGUCUUCAAUAAUUUCAUGUCUACUGAUCUGUCCAGUCUUACCAUUGCAACAUGCAGCAGCAUUACAGUACCAGGGACCGAUGAAUUUCUGACACCCUUCCAUGUUCAGACAGAGGAUUAUAACAUAGAUCCUCCAGUAUUGCCAGUGGAUAAGACAAGAUUCCAUUGUAUUUUACACUACUGUUGCAUGAGGAAUGGCUGUGUCUUGGCAAGAACUCUCCUGAUAAAUCAUGAGGAUUGUGAAUAAAUAUGAAAUGAAACCAAACACUCCAAUUCCAAUUAACCACAUUACUAGAUUCAACGAAAACCUGGGAGAUUAUUAUGUAGAAAAGAGAAAAGGAAAAAUGAUACCAAUUUUCACGGAAGUCAAAUAUGUAAUGAUAGACAGUAAGCCGACACAAUUUCUCAACUAUAGUGAGUAAAGUUUUAUCAGUUUUUAUUUCAAUAGUAAGUACAGUAAGUUAUGUCCGGUUUAGUAUCAGUGUGAACGAGUCCGAGAGAAUAUUUUAUAUAUAUGAGUUACAAUGGAACUAUUUAGCCUCAGUGU